AUGGCGAUCCCAAUCACAAUUGUCACAGGUUUUCUUGGCUCAGGAAAAACAACAAUCCUCCUCAACCUAAUCCCCCAACUGCCUAGCACAUACCGACUAGCCCUCCUAAAAAACGAAUUCGGCGAUGUGGCAGUGGACAGCCAACUAGCCUCAACAAGCAGCAUAAGCGGCGUGAAAGAAAUGCUAAAUGGAUGCAUAUGUUGCAACAUGGUUGGCUCAUUAGGCGACGCGCUCACGCAACUCCGCAAUGAAGUCAAGCCCGAUAGAAUCGUCAUCGAGACCAGCGGCAGCGCCUUCCCAGCCACGCUAGCAAUGGAGGUCAACCGACUUGCGCGCGAAGAGGGCGGACAUUUCGCGCUUGAUGGUGUUAUUAGCGUGAUCGAUGUUGAGAAUUGGGAGGGGUAUGAGGAUACGUCGUUCACGGCAAAGCUACAGGCUAAGUAUACUGAUUUGAUUAUUUUCAAUAAGUGGGAAAAUGUGCCUGAAAUGCGGUUUGAUGUUUGCCUUGAUCGCGUUGGUGAUCUGGAGGUUCAGACGCCUUGGGUUAAGUCCAUUAAGGGACGGAUUGAUAAGGAUGUUUUGCUUGGGAUUGAUGGGGCGCUGUUUAAGGGGUUGAGUGAGGAGAAAGAUGGGAGUCAUGAGCAUGAGCAUGAACAUAAGCAUGAUCAUCAGUCGGAGGUUGAGGUGCUCUCUGCGACUUUGAAGGCUGCUUCUGAGGGGGCGACUGUUGAUGUUGCUGCUCUUGAGCAGUUUCUUUCUUCUGCGCCGAGGGAUGAGAUUUAUCGCAUUAAGGGUAUUCUUCGGUGCUCGAAGCAGGAUUUGCCCGCUGAGACUUCGGAUGAUCUUGCUUCUAAGCCGAAGUCCGAGGAGUCUGGUGUACAGUACUACAUUCUCAACUGGGCGUUUGGAAGAUGGACUUGCACGCCUUCAAUUGUUGUUGCGGAGGGUGCUGAUCCGACUGUCGUUGGCCGCAUUACAUUGAUUCUGGCCCGAUAUGAGUCUGCCAAGUGGAAGAAGAAGCUGAAUGCUGGUGGCCUGGUUCAGGCUAGUGAGGGAGACGGUGUGGAGUUGACCGUGGAGCGUUUGGCAUAG